AUGCAUAAUCGCUUGUCAACGGGGGACAUAAUGCUGAGAUGGAACAUCGGAGUCGGUAGUUCGUGUAUCUUUUGUGGAGAUAUGGAGAGCCGUAAUCAUCUCUUUUUUGGCUGCAAGUACUCGGAGGAAGUAUGGGUGGCUCUUGCGCGGAAGUUAUUUGGCGCUCAAUUCACAACACAAUGGGAUGCGAUUGUUGAGCUUCUGAUCGAUGCAGAACAGAACAUGAUAUCUCUGUUUCUAAAGAGAUAUGUCUUUCAAGUAACAAUCUUCUGGAUUUGGAGGGAAAGAAACGGACAACGUCAUGGGGAGCAACCCACGCCUUCCUCUUGCCUGAAGCAACGUAUCGACUAA